CUUUAGUUCUACACCAUGUCGCGCGAGAAUGGCAAGCAGAUGGAGACGGACAGUAAGGCUGGGAGUUGGACGAGCACGGAGAUAUGAAGAACGACGCAGUAGCACAAGCUCACGUUGCGCUGGAGCAGUUCACGCAGGAGAAGGAGAUCGCCAAGCACAUCAAGACGUGGAUGGAAGAGAAAUACGGCCCCACCUGGCACUGCAUCGUCGGCUCCGAGUAUAAAACAGCCUUCACAUACGAGAGCAAGAACUUUGUGCGCUUCAACGUCGGCAAGAAGUGCAUCACACUCUUCCGACACCCGUAAAACACAGAAUUCAACCUUUGCAAACGA